ACCGAAUAUACGACGACGAACUACGACCAACAGCGACUGCCCAGACGCGAUUAUCCCAAGCCCUCUUAUACCGCUACCACGGCCGCUCUUCUCUGGCAAGACACUUGCCCUCCCCACUUUCCCCAAAAUUCCCCGUUACAACCGCCACCCUGGCUCAAGCAAUCGUCAUGCCGAAUACACCACCUCCAGCGCUAUUACCCCCACCAGAAGGCAUCUUCAGGACGUUUGAGGACUUGAUGGCCUCUGUUCAGCGCGUCGCCAAGGAUCAGGGCUACGGAAUUGUCAAGUUGCGCGCCUCCAACUAUCGCGACGGAAAGCCUACCCGUUAUGAUCUUGUCUGCGAUCGCGGUGGUGUCAAGUAUAACAGCACCGCCAAGAAGCGCAAUCCAUCGACGCGCAAGAUCGACUGCCCUUUCCGUGCAAAGGCUGUCUGCGAAGUCCAGCUUGGAAACCAAUGGCGUUUUGCCAUCCAAGAAGGCCGUCAUAACCACGAACCCCGGGUUCCCGCUGGUACUCCUGGUCAAGAGAACGCGCCGCUGGCCACCUCGAUCCGCUCCUUCACCAACAAGCUCGAUCGCCUCAACCACGACAUGGCUCAGGGCCUAAUGCGCAUCGAGCAGCGCCUAGAUAACAUUGAGAAGCGAAUGGAGAAUCUCGAAGCACGAGCGGGAGGAUAUGAACCCCGAUUCCAAGCUAUCGAGUCCAGGCUCCAGGGGAUGGAGGGACCACGCAUGGACGGUAUGGGGAUGGACGAUGUUGAAUCGCGCCUCCUGGCUUCAACGGUCAUGUAG